AUGAAGAAAUGGUCAGCAGCUACGAGAGGCCCUCCGCCGCAAGAGGCGGAGCAGGAGCAGGAGGGUGAGGUGCAGCAGAAGCAGCUUGCCUUGGGGGACGUUUGGAGCAGCGGGAACGAGGGGGACUUGAGGGAGAUCACGACGGGGCUGAAGGAGAUCAGGGUCAGCCCCUGGAACCUGAACCUCCUGGCGAAGCUCGUGAGGGGACUCCCGGUCGUGGAGGCGAACGCGCAGCUGCUCUUCUGCAAGAAGAAGCACACCACGACCGUCGCCAAAGCCAUCCAGAACGCCCUCAACCUGGCGGACAUGAGGUACGGGCUUGCCGCGGAAGAAUUGGAGGUGGGCGAGAUCUUCGUCACGAAGGGGAAGGUGGUGAAGCGUCUCCGGAUCAUGGGCAGGGGCCGCGCAGGGAUCGCGAGGCGCAAGUGGAGCCACCUCAACGUAACCCUAAGGGAGAUCGAUUUCGACAAGCAGCUCAAAGCGGCGCCUAGCAGGAAUCGGAGGGAGAAACUGAUGGCCCGCAAGGAUGAGGUGGGUGUGUGUGGCACCUCGCUGUUUUUUUCGGUAUCGUUUUGGUGA